UGGAGUUGCUCAGAAGUGGGAAAAAUUAAGUUGAUUUCAAAUUGAAAAGAGGGGCACCAAAACCACACACGCUUUGUUCAUGAAAAUGGCUGUUUAAUUCAUCAAUUUGAGGCGAUCUAACUCCAUGUUUACACCCCCUGCAUCCUCCGCUCGCAAACAUCAAAACAACAACUCAAACUCAAACUCCCCACCCACUUUAACUCCAAUCUUCAACUCUCUUCUCAAAACCAACUGGAGAAAAAGAUGCAACACCACCAGGAGAACCCCUUAUCGUUUCGCCUCUAACAACGCAACCCCUUUGGCCUCCGCCCCUCCUGAACAACCCCAUUUCGUCUCCACCUCUAAAAAUGUGGUGUUACUUGAUUGGUGGCUUACUAAGCUUCAAAUUGAAGGUAGUACAAGCCCUAAGGCCUUCAAAUUUGGUGUUGGAGGAAAGGCGUUUGAUGGGCGAGAAUCAACACAUUUUUUCUCUGGAGAAAUUGUUAAAAGGCAGGAUGAAAUAACUCUGGAGAAUGUGGAGGGCAUCACUAUCAGACUUGAUAGUCUCCUUAACAGGUUUCGCACACUUGAAAACGGCUUUACCUCCCAGGUCUGUGAUCAUUUCUUUCUCGGAUUUCCAUUUGACUGGGAAGAGUUUGGUGCUCAAUAUUUUGGAGGACAAUCCAUCCAUGGAGCUCGUUCAUCAAAAGGUACUCGUACAUCUUCUGAUGACAUUGAUGAACGAAGGUGUCUUUUGUCUUCGUUUGAUGACAUUCCAGUGACUCGAUUAUUUGAUCAUAUGAUGGUCACCUCUGGAGAUUAUAAUGAAUGCUCGUUAACCAGGAGUAUUUUUGAUCAUAUCCUUAGCGAGUAUGGAAGCUCUUCUGCUGAGUUAAAGGAAGAAGAUACUGAUCGGAUACCAGCAGAGGAUUUUUUGGUUGAUGAAACCAAAACUCCACUUGAUGUAAGUGGGGAAAAUAACAAACCACUUGUCGCUGGGUGUUCUUCGCUUGAUAAAGCUUCAAGAGAUGAACUGGAACACAAAGAUGACAAUGUUAUCUUGGAUGAUGUGUCUAUGGGAACUACUAACAACCUCCUGACAGUUCACAGUCAAUCUAAAAUGGAUGAAGAUGUCCGUGCGCUUAGCAAAUUUGUUCCAACAAGAAAUAAAACUAGAUUGGAGACUUUAACAAGCCAGCAGCAGGAGGGUCUUCCUUCAAAUACUACUACGAAUCCAGAUACUACAUCAAGGACCUCUACAAGGCAGUAUGCUGACACAACUGUUACACAUGUUGCAAGUGUCAGUCAAUCAGCCAUACCUAAUGCAGCGAAUAUCAAAGUUGACAGAGUUCUUGAUAGCUCUAGUUCAAAAAAUUGCACCACGUGCAACCAUUUAGGUAAAAAUGAUUCCGCAAAAAGAGGUACUAUGUCGGAAAUGUUGAUGAACAGUCAAGAACUGAACUUGUUCGCCGCUACAUUGGAUCCAGGAGUAACUGCUCCAAUUCCUGCACCGGAGAUGUCCAGAAAUCGCAUCAAAGUACCUCAGGUAGAUAUGGAAUCUAGAACACUUAAUAAAUCUGGAUCGAAAAAGUUAAGAAGAAAUCUGAAUACUGGCAGUGGUCUUUUGACUAGAAGCCAAGCUCGUGGUGUUUUGACUAGAUGCAGAGCCAAAUUAAAGAAGCUGCGAACAGAUUCAAAGGAUAUUACUGCAGAACAUGAUGUAACUGCUGAAGAGGAUGCCGCACAUUUUGCCCAAACUACAAAGAUAAGUGAUUCCUGCCCUAUAUCAGAGGCUGAGAAACUGGAAAAAGAUGAGUCAAGAAGACAUGUACCGGACAAGGUUUUGGAAGUGAAUAACAGGCAUCUCGACAGGCCUGAAGUUAGAAGAUCCGGCAGGAGAAGGAAUGUUGUAAAUUACCGUGAGCGCUAACUGUAACCAAUUUGCUAAUUGCAUCGGCGACAAUAAAUUCGCCCCCCUUUUUUUGUCUCACCAUCUCCCUUUUCUUUCUUGGCCGCCUCCAAUGUUCUAGUUAUGAUGUUUAUUUUUGCAUUAUAUUUUAGCAAUCAAGAAAUUAUGGGACCUCUUUCUCCCAGGUGCAAA